UCAGCCUUGGCAGAGCACAGAGUGCUGCUGAAAUGUGGAAGCAGCCGCUGCCAAGGGCAGGCUGCCACUGUCCCCUGCCAUUCGAUCCCUCAAUGAGCCCCACCUGGGCCCUGCCAGCCCCGGGGCCGCACAAAGCCCCGAUUGUGGCUCCCUGCGGGACAGGGCCGCACUGACAGCGGCUCCGGGCACACCUGCAGCUCCCGUGGAGCCCCUCGGCUGCAGGGACGGGUAUUUAUGUCUGCUGGAUGCACGUUCAGGUUUCCCAGGUGUGCCUGGAGCCGGGAUCAUGCCCAGUCUGUGCGUGGGCAGGAGGCAGAGCGGCAGCAGCCAGGUCCUCGCCUGAAGAGGGGAUGGAGGGUGGGGACGGCGCCGACCCUGCUGCCCCUGCAGAGGGCCACAGCACGACUCCCAGCUCCCUCCAGGACCUUCUGGAUCAGCCUGUCCAUUGCCUUGUUAUUUUUUGCAGUUGUUGGCAUCAGCGUGGUGGGGGUUCUCAGCUUGUCCCCCAGCUCUGCCCAGGCUGGCUCCCAGCCCGCCCGACUGACGCUGCAGGGCCAGCAGGACCCCCUGAGGAACCAAACAGCCCUGGUGGACAAGUCCAGGAGCACUGUCACCUACUACGUCACCUCGCAGAGCAACCUCAGCGCCGUGGUGCUGUUCGACGGCAGCAACGGCUACGUGUGCUACAAGCCCGUGGAGCAGAGCACGUGCUACCUGAAGAGGAUGGACCCCUGGGACCUGCAGACCCUGCAGGCAGCUCUCAACACGUCUGAGCAGAGGGCCGAGCAGCUGCUCCGUCACAACAACCACACCAAGUACUACCGCGAGUUCCUGGGCAUCGUGGCGGGGGAGCAGGUGGAGCCCAAGGGCCUGGGGGAGGCUGUGCAGGGCCUGUGUGAGCACACAGCCAUCUUCUGGGUGCACAGAGGGCAGGGUCCUGGGAAGCAGCGGCUGAUCUACCUGUGCAUUGACAUCUGCUUUCCAAGCAACAUCUGUGUCUCUAUCUGCUUCUAUUACCUCCCUGAGUAAGUGCUGAGCCGUGGAUGCCCUCUUGCUGCCCUACAUACUUGAACUGGAUUCCUGAAAAGCCUCCCAUUUCCACAAGGAAGGCAACACCCACAGCAUCCCCAGAGCCUCCUGCUGAUUUCACGCUGCACCUCGGGAGGGUUUAGAGAAACAAAGAGGCUUCUGCUCAGCACUGGCAGCACAGACACUCCCUGCAGCUCUGCCCUAGGGCUGCCACAUCCAUAGGAAUUAGGAGCCCCAGGCCUAGAGGAAUCCCGGGGAGCAGCUGGUGUUCUGGGGCUCCGUGCCCUGUCCAGCACAAGGUGGUUACAUUUGCUGGGGUUGGCUUCAGGAGAGCAGCUCUCCAAGUCACUUUGUGAAACACUUUCAAUAAAGGGAUUGCAACCAAGACAAGAGCUGCCUUUCCU